CAAUGUUUUUGUAUAACGCGUUGUUUAUGCCACAUUGGUUACGUACGAUUAAAAAACACGUGUGCCGGUGAUUUAUUUUGUAAACAAUUAUUAAAAUAUUUCAUAAAUUAUUUUGAUAGAAAAUAAUACAAACAUUGUGAUAAAAAGAUGAAAAAUCCAAAAGCAAAAGGUAAUCUUCAAAAGAAAAUGGUGAAAGAGCGUCCAAAAAAAUCAUUGAAAAUUCUCGAUGCAAUAGAAAAGUGUGAAAAAAAUUCGGAUACUUCUGUAAAGAUCAAAAAUGAGAAUGAAAAAGAAUCUAAAAAUAAAGCUUCAUAUGAAAAUCUAAACGAUUUAUUGAAAGCAGUUAAAAAGGAGUCCAAGUUAACCUCCAAAAAGACUGAAAAGCCCAAGAAAACAGAUACUGUUGAGCAUGUGAAAGAAAAAUCGAUUAAGAAGGAAAUAACUAAUGAAAAGGAAGAUAAAUGUACGUUAGAUAAAGAAAAUAUGAUUAAAUCUAAGAAAAAUAAACGAAAGAAUCUGGCAUCUGAUCCUGUAGAGAUGUCUGUAAAGAAAAAAGUAAAAAAAGUUGGAGAAAACCAAUCCCAAAAAUCCAAGGACAAUAAAAAAGUUGAUCAACUACAUGAAGUCAAAGCAGAAGUAAUUAGUAAAGCUAUAGAAGACAAAUCUCAAAAAUCAAAGAAUAAUAAAGAAGUUAAACAACUACAUAAAGUAAAAGCAAAAGUAAUGAAGGGAGUUGUAGAAGACAAAUCUCCAAAGUCUAAGGAUAAUGAAGAAGUUAAAGAAGUACAAGAAGUUAAGAAAAAAAUAAAUAAAAUAAAAACUGAAAAUAAAGAAAAAAAAACAAAAGUGAAAAAUGCAAAAAAUAAAACAGCAGAGGAGGCUAUAGGAAACUUGGAGCUUAAUAAAAUGAAUGUCGAAAAGGCUGUUGAUGUAAUUUUUCAGCUUGCUCAAAAAGAGAAACAAGAAAAAAAGUCAUUACUACCUUUUGAAGGAAAUUCUAUCUUCCUACAAAUUAAUUGUAUUAAAAUUCCUAAAGUUCCUCGUAGAAAAGUACGAAUGCUUUUACCCAAUGUAAUGAUGAGUUCAACCGAUGAAGUAGCAUUAUUCGUUCCAGAUUUAGAAAGAGGACGACGAAAAGACCAUGAAAAAACCGUCGAGCAUUGGGAAACAAUUUUACGAGAAAAAGGAGUAACAAAUAUCAAUGCAAUUAUUCCAAUGAACCAAGUUAAAAAUGAAUAUAAUCAAUAUGAAAUGCGAAGAAAACUUGCUCGAUUAUAUGACUUUUUCCUAGUUGAUGGGAGAAUUGCUGGACAUAUGACUCAUCUAUUAGGAAAGAGUUUUACACGGCUUUCAACCCCUCCAGUUCCCAUUAGACUACAUCGAGAAAAUUUGAAAGAAGAAAUAGAUAAAGCUCUGAAGAAAACAACUCUAGAAAUUCAUGGUCUUGGCCCUUGUCAUACUGUUAAAGUAGCAACUCUUUCUAUGCCACAGAAAAAAGUUGUUAAAAAUGUUUUGGCUAUUUGUGAGCAAUUGAAAGAAAAAUAUCCUGGAGGAUUUGAUAAUAUUCGAUCGAUUUUAAUUAAAACUAAAAGCAGCUUGGGUAUUCCUGUUUAUUAUUCAAUCAAACAUAAGAAUGAGGUUCCAGUGCCAAUAGUCAAACCCAAGAGACCUAAAGCAUUUACUGUUGUCGAGGGAGAACUUACAACAUUAGAGAGUGAUGUUAAAGUGUCUGUUACACCAUCUGGACGAGUUACAGUUGUUCCAAUGGAUGAAGAAAAAGAAACAGAAUCGUUGAAAACUAUUGAAAAAAAACCUAUUAAAAGUACAGAAGGAAAACCUGUUAAACAGAAAAAAAUUAAAAUUAAAUCAGAAAAACAGUAAAUUGUGAUUUAACGUAAUUAUAUAUGUAUAUAAUUUGUACAUAUUACAAUAUUUCAACAUGGAUGUUCUUCAAUUAAAAUUCAUUCUUA